CUGGGGCUCAGACUCAUAAUGUAUACAGAUUGGCUUACCCUCAUGCGGGAUUUAGUCAAGCUGGAGGCACAAGACCUCCCAGGUGGAUCGGGUGGCAAGAAGACCACCAGCCGCAAACGAUUUCCAGGCAGCAACCGUUUUGCAGCGCACGAUCUACUUGAGGAUGACGAGGAAACCUUCGCAGAGGAUCCUUCUCCUGAUGACGAUCAAGAGCAAGGCUGCGAGGCAUCUUGCUCUUUGUCAGCCCAUGAGUUUGAGUAUGUGAAUCAUGAUGAAUCUAUGAAUGCCUUCAAGAAGACUGCCUUCAAAAGUGGGUGCAAGGUCUUCAGCAAGAUCGAUCUCAAGUCUGGCUACCACCAGAUUGAAGUUGAUCCUGCAGACCAGCAUAAAACUGCAUUCAAAACUCGGAAUGGGCUGUACGAGUUUACCGUUAUGCCCUUCGGCCUCACGAAUGCACCAACCACCUUUCAAAGUCUCAUGGAGAAAGUGUUCCGCAAUCGGAUCAACCGAUUUGUUGUUGUGCAUUUGGAUGACAUACUAAUCUUCAACAAGUCGAUGGAGGAGCACAUGAGACACCUUGAGGAAGUGUUGCAGAUCCUCAAGGAUCCACAACUCCAUCUCAACUUGGAGAAAUCUGAGUUUGGGAGGGAGAACGUCAUCUACCUUGGACAUCGGUUGUCUAUUGCAGGCCUAGAGCCCGAAGCAACCAAAGUUGAGGUCAUCCGCAAUUGGCCUCAACCGGCCAAUGUCCUGUUCUCAGAUCACGAGACUUUGGAAUGGAUUCAGACACAGAUUAAUAAAUCAACCACAUUGACCCGCUGGCUGCAUGAGAUUGAUGUGUAUGAUUUUGAGCUUAAGCACAAGAAAGGUUGUUACAAUCGCGUUGCGGAUGCUUUGUCUCACCAUCCUGAGUACAUGACUUGCCUUGUGGGUUCCUAUGAUAUCCGAAAGAAUUUGAAGGAGGAACUCAUUGAGCACACUGCCAAGGAGCCGGAACUCAGUCCCAUCCUUGAGCAGAUUCGGGCUGACUCUAGCAGUCAGCCUGAUUUCCAUGAAUGUAAGGGCUUACUUUUCCGACGUUACGGGAAGCACGACCGACUGUGUGUACCCAACCAUGAGCCGAUCCUUACUCACUUUUUGGACUUGGGUCAUGGUCGGAGUGGACACUUCGGUUUUGAGAAAACAUACGGAAGUCUGCUGCAAAAGUUUGUAUGGCCUGGAAUGAAAGGAAUGACACAAAAGUUUGUGGCUGAGUGUGAAGUCUGUCAACGCAUCAAGCCGUCUCGGCAAAAGCUCUAUGGGCUGCUGCAUCCUCUUCCUAUUCCUGAUGGUCCAGGUGAGUUGCUUUCCAUUGACUUCACAAACAUGGGAAAGAAGAGUAAGAAUGGAUAUUCACAAGUAAUGGUGAUCGUUGACCGCUUCUCAAAGUUUCUGAAUCUAAUCCCAUUACCACCUCAUGCCCCGACUGAUCUUGUGAUCAAGGAAUUUCACAAAAAGUGCAUUCUGCAGUAUGGGCCCCCGAAAACUCUUGUGAGUGACCGGGACACAGAUUGGAAGGACUUCACCUCCCAGACCUAUGACAUGAAACUCAAGAUGAUGUCUGACCGACAUCCCGAAGCCAAUGGACCGACCGAGGAGAUCAACCAGACUGUGAUCCAACUUCUCCGAGCUUUAAUUGUGCCUGAUGAGAACUCUUGGGAUGAGGAAUUGCCAAUUGUGCAAGGAUUGUACAACAACUUCAUACACUCUUCCACCGGGAUGACACCUAACUGGGUGCACCUUGGGUGGAAGAUUCGCAAUCCCUUAUCUUAUCUGUUUCCUGAACAACCACCUGGGCUGACACCUGGCCAGCCAGGCUACAAUGCUAAGUUUGAUCGUUUGCUCAAAGUUGUUAUCGCAACUAUGCAGAGGCGACGCAGUGCUAUGAUUAAGCAUGCAAACAAAAAGUGUCAUCCUAACCCUUUCACAUUGGGACGUUAUGUCUGGGUCAAGAUGUCUGAAUUUUCUGAAGAGGAAGGCGUAUCACGAAAGCUUCUUCCUCAGUCCUAUGGUCCGUGGAAGGUGUUGAACCGGUUGGUGGUGGCAGACAUAUUGAAGGGCAUCCAGAAUGACGUCUUGGCGAUAAGAACGAUCAUCCUCACGGAUGAUCGCAAGUCCAUCACUGCCGACCAGAUAGUUAACUUCCUUGCUGCAAGACCUAGUGGUGCGUACUUAUUCGGGACAGUGAUGAGGGAUACGGCGGAGCAGACGGCUCAGGUCAUUGUCAAUCAGUGGAUCAAUGUGUUUGAGGACUUUGGCAUUGAGAGAGUCAACGCCAUAUGCACAGACGCUGCAUCGUCUUACACGGCUGCUGCUACGCUCCCGGCCAAGCGGCUGGAGCCGAAGUACAGCGGCAUUACCUGGCUUCCUUGUGUAGUGCAUCUCUGCAACUUGAUGUUGUCGGACAUCAGCAAGGACGGGGUAGAUGGUCGCAUGAGGGUUCAGGAGGACACGAUUAUCAGGGCGAGGGCAGUUGUGGGGUUUAUUAGAUCGCACGGGGCCGCUCUCGCCCUGAACAAACGAUUCUUCGCUGCACACCCCUCGAGGGAGGAGUCCGCUUUCGCUAGUCCUCGAGUUAGUGGCUCUCACGAGGUACGUCGCACGAAUGAGUCUGAGGUGGAGCAGAUUGUGCGAGGCAUGGAGGCAUGUGCGUCUCAUAUGCUGAAGCCAGCGCACUGCAUGGCUCACAUCCUUAAUCCCCGUUUCAGGAGAGUGGCGUUCUUCGAAACGACUACGCGGGAUGAUCAGGAGAGGAGACUAGCUGGUCAGUUUAUCAAAUUCCUCCAAUCUCACGGGGGCGGGGAUGAGAAGUUGUAUAAAACAUUGUGGCAACAACUCUCCGAGUUCCAUAGCCGAGACGACAAGUGGCAGUAUGAGGGGGCACAGGGUGACAAGGACGCGGCUGCUCGCAAAGGGCUGAGCGAGACACCCUUGGCUGGUCAAUGGUGGGUGGAGCACGGGGAUGGCGUGCCUUUGGUGCAGGACAUUGCCAUUUGCUUGAUGCACACUCGGACGUGCGUCUCUCCUUUGGAGAGGAACUACACCAUCCAUAAGCGCAUUCAGGUAAAGCGGCGAAACAGGCUUGGUUUUUCCAAGCUCACUUGGUUGGUGGAGAUACCCACCAAGCUAAGACUGCUAGGCUGCCAGCAGAGGGGUGCGGGGUACGUCCUCCCAUGGGACGAUGAGGAGGAGGGGCUGGAGGAUUGUCGACCUGAGCUCCGUGACGAGGGCAUCCACCCUCAAGAGCAUGUUAGUGAGACAGACCUCGACCGUCAAGUGCAGAAGGCACAGAGAGAUUCAGCGUCUGGCAGGCCUCCGAGUAUGGAGCUAUAUUUCGGCCGUCGCACAUACACACUGUUGCCAUGCGACCCGGAGUUAGUGUACCACCCUGAGGUCGAUCCCAUGAUGCAAGACGAGAUAGAAGCCGAGCCCAACCAGAUCCCAAUGACCUUGCCGCGAUGUAUUAGCAUCCAUCCAAGGAUGCUGAUGUUCCUCUGGUCCACUCCAGUGGCACAGCAGAGCCGUCUAGGAGGACUGGGGCAGUUAGCCAGCGCUCGUCGUGGACCCAACUCACAGCAUAUAGACGAUGACGAUAACGACGACGAGGGAUACAACUGCAACAGCGACGACCACAAUGAUCCCUAUUGCGCUCCCGGCGGUGAAGAUGAUCGAGGGGACGGCGAUGACACGGUUGAUGGUCCUCCUGCACAGUCGCAGGCACGGCGUCAGUCGGCGCGAUUGUUGCAUUUGAGGGGUGCACAGGGGAGGUCUUCCAGUCCACAGAGAGAGACACGGAGGGAUGCACAGUCGAGGCCAGCCCCUGCACAUACGACGCGUUGGGUUGAGGUAGGGGCUGAGAUGGGCACACAGUUGGGACCGGACACUGGGCGCAUGAUGGGUGACGGAGAUGGCACGGAUCUUGGCUCUGGGAGGAUGACCAUCCGGAGGACCAGGUCGCGGGUGGCGGUGGUGGCCCAGGUGCUGUGGCCCGUCAACUUGACAACGAGGACGAGCAUGAUGGAGGUGGUGGAUGAGCAAUGGGAGGAUUGUGCGCUUUUAGUGGCACCGACAGGAGGUGUCGAUGGUGUCGCUGCAGCCGUGGACAGGUCACAUGGAAUGGGAGGUGUUGAUGGCAUGAGGGAAGGGGCCGGGGGAGAAGCAAGCGCAUCAUGCACUGUGAUGGAGGCAAUUUCAGUACCACAUGCCAACAACUUUGACAAGGGCACAAGCGGCGGUGCAGCUGGAGAUAUGGUUGUCCAUUCACAUGAUGUCACCGUGAUUGAAGCGCCUACGUUGCCUGUUGAGGGCAUUUGUAUUUUUCGGUUUCAGGGAGCGGCCCUGGUGACAAAGCUGGAGCAUAGCGUAGGCAGGGAUCCUCUAGGUGCAGAUCGUCGGGGGCGCAGCACAAAGGAUGGCAAGAUCAGUGCACAGGGCCCCUCCUUUGUACCAUGUAGCCCGUCAUUGUCAUCUGAUAUGUCAGGGCUUACCCCACGUUCCUGGGCUCCUGUCGGAGACCGGGAGCAUUGGAAAGCCCAUACGCGGAAAAUUCCACUUCUUAUACUGGUCUGCACAAGUCAAAGCAAUGCACAUCGGUCGUAGGUGGUGAACAAGGACGAGAGUGGGGUGUCAAGUCUCCUUCUCCGCAGUCGUCGAAGAAAGGAGCAGAUGCUCGGUACAGUACUGUAAGGAAGGCCAGUCGCACGUUCAGGGAUGCCCAGACGGGGUUCGCGGGUUUGCAGACGGCCGUGGCAGAGGGAUGAGGAGGGGACACUGUGGCAAGUGCGGCAGGAUAGGCCCGUGCACCACAUGAGGGCAAGACUGGGGGACCUGGACAGUCUGCACAGCGCUGAAGUGAGAGCAAUCAACUGGGCCAUUUGAG